AUGGAGGUUUUGACUUAUAUUUUGCAUGAUUUUCUUCACAGCUUUGAGAUAAACUUCCAAACAGGCUGGACUCCAGAGAGUGACAUUGCGUUUCAAUUUAAACCUCGCAUUAACGAGUCUGUAUACUUGAACAGCUACAGAAACGGUGCUUGGGGGUGUAACGAAUCUGCCUCAAUUAAACCCUUCCAAAGGGAAACAUCCUUUACUAUGUUUGUUGUCAUCACAUCUGAUGGCUUUGAGGUCUAUGUCAAUGGAUUGUUCUUCUGUACGUUCAAGGAUCGCUUACCUCUAGGAAACGAUUGUACACUUAGUAUAUAUGGAGAUGUUUCAGUCCCUUUCUACGGAUUUAUUGAUAACUGGAGCAAAUCUGCUUUCAUUGCGGACCAAACUAAAAUCACAAGAAAGGAGAGUCAAAAUCUGUUACCACUACCAACAGAGGUUUCACAGCCAUACAUCCAGCCUGCACUUCCCUAUGUGGGUUCAAUCACAGGAGGGUUAAAACCAGGCAUGUCUCUGUUCUUGCGAGGGACUGUAUCCACACAUGCUAAAGGCUUUGAAAUCAAUUUCAAAACAGGACCAACUGAUGUUGAUGACAUUGCAUUUCAUUUCAAUCCUAUUAUUGGACAAUAUGUCAACCUAAACAGCUUCAGAAAUGGUAGCUGGGAUGAAAAGGAACCUACACCGGCCAUCCCCUUCACUGAGGGAACAGCCUUGAAUAUGUUUGUUGUCAUCACAUCAGUGGGCUAUAAUGUGUAUGUGAAUGGUCUAAUGUAUUGCACAUUCAAGCAUCGCAUUAUUCUUGAGAAAGUUUCAACACUGGCAAUUCGUGGAGAUAUUUUCCUUCCCAUAUGUGGUUUAAUUGAUGACUGGAAGACAUCUUCUUUUUGUUCAACUUCUGCACCUGUCAAUAAAGAUGUUUCGUAUCAGAUCAGCAAUCCUAUACUUCCCUAUCAAACUAAAAUCCAAGGAGGAUUAAAACCAGACAUGGCUAUUCUUUUCAAUGGGACUCUUCCUGCAGAUUCCAGACGCUUUGAAAUAAAUCUCAAGACGGGAUUCUCCGAUGAUGAUGACAUCGCUUUUCAUUUCAACCCUCGCAUUGGCCAAUAUGUCUACCUGAACAGCUUCCGAAAAGGUAGCUGGGAGAAGGAGCAAACUGCACCUGACAAACCCUUCACCAAAGGAGCAGCCUUUAAACUUCUUCUAGUCAUCAAAACUGACAGAUAUGAGGUCUACGUCAAUGACGUAUUGCACUGCGUGUUCAAGCACCGCAUUCCUCUAGAGGAAGUUACAACACUUGCAAUUUUAGGAGAUGUUUCUCUUCUCUUUUGUGGUUUUAUUAACAACUGGAAGACCUCUUCCUUUUCUUCACUUAUAUUGGACUCAAGUCCAGCACCCACUGUUACAGAGCUUUCAUUUCCAGUCUCCAACCCUACAAUACCCUUUGUGGGUAAAUUCAAGGAAGGGAUAAAACAAGAUACAGCCUUAAUGUUCCAAGCGGUUGUUCCAAAAGACGGCAAAAACUUUGCAAUUAGUCUCAAAACGGGGCCAUCUGAUGCUGACAACAUCGCUUUUCAUUUCAACCCUUGCAUUGGUCAAGAUGUCUACAUGAACAGCUUCCGAAAUGGAAAAUGGGAAACACAGGAAACUGCACCUAAAAACCCGUUUGAAAAGGGAAUCACCUUCAAAUUGUUUCUAGUCAUCACUGUUGAGGCCUAUGAGAUCUACGUGAAUGACUUCAAACUUUGCACAUUCAAGCAUCGCAUUCCAUUGGAGAAAGUUUCAACACUUAACAUUCUUGGAGAUGUUGCCUCCCUGGUGUGCGGUCGUAUUGAGAAUUGGAGUAGCUCUUCAAUCUAUAAGGAACUAAAGAAAGUCACAACUACAACCACUACAACAACCACAACGUCAACCACAAUCACUCUACAGAUUUCAAAAGCAAUCAAAGACCCUGCAAUUCCUUAUGUGGAUACAAUCCCGAUAGCCAUAAAACAAAACAUGGCUGUUCUGUUUCAAGGAAUCGUCUCUAAAAAUGCAACCAGAUUUGAAAUUAAUUUCCAAACAGGGAAAGGUGCCAAUGAUGACAUUGCAUUUCACUUUAACCCCCGGCUCGGUUAUUAUACCGCAUUGAACACCUUCAGAAAAGGUGGAUGGGAGAAGGAGGAAUCUGUGCCGGACAAACCGUUCACUAAGGAAGCAGCCUUCCAAAUUAUCGUUGGCUUUAAAUCAGAUGAAUAUGAGGUUUAUGUGAAUGGCACGCAACAUUGCACAUACAAACAUCGCAUUCCUCUGGAGAAAGUUUCAACGAUUUCCAUCCGUGGCCAAGUUUCCAUUCAGAUGAUUGGUUUUAUUGAAAACUGGAAAAGUCCAUCCAUGAGUAAAUAAUAAUGUACGAAGAUUAAAGCAUGCACAUGGAGAAGACGACACACCACACACUUACAAAUAUGCUUAAAAUUCAAUAUUCCUUUUCACUAACUUAUCAUUGUGUUUUACAGUCUACAAACUGAUACCACCUGUGCUGUUUUACUCACUAUAAUGAUGGAACAGAAACCAACACAGUCCACACUGCCUAAACAUCACUUUUUAGCAUGUGGUUAUUUCCAGACAUGUUCAUAAAAAAUUUUUAGCAUUAAUUCACAUACAUUUGGUUUUUUUUCUCUUCAUUGCAUCAUCUAAUGUUUUGCUGUGAGGCUUACUUUAAUACUAGAAGAAAUUCAAGACUUGUGUCUAUGCAAAAAAUGCGGAAUGAAGUGAAAGACCGUCCAGAAGAUUCAAGUGAAAGUCUGGUCUGAUUUAUUGUUGAAGGGUAGAUGAACCACAAUCUACACUGAAAAGGCUUUAAUAUGUUUAAGCUUGCAUCAAGAUUCUCCAUUAGAGAGACUCAAAUGG